AUGGUCUGCAUCUUAGAAUUGCAGGAAUACACUUUUAUUGAUUUCUACCAUGGUGACGCAAAGGAAUUGGCUUUCACGCGAAGGAGCGUGUUCUCUCGGAGGAUAGGGUUCACUGCCGAUGUCUUCGGAAAAUGGAUUCAGAACACGCUUCUGAGUCCCUGGAAGACGCUCCCUCUCCUGCUGGCGGCCCAGUAUACCGCGAAGGGCCACCAACUCGCCCUCGAGCACCCGCGAUCCUUCCAGGCCCUCCAGCUCCUCACUUUGCUCGCCGUCCUCCGCCAUGUUAACGCCUGGCUCAAUACCCGGACCCUGAACAAUGGCGUCUCGGACCGGUACGACUGGAAUCGCGAGGUGGUUGUGCUGACAGGUGGCAGCAACGGGAUAGGCAGACGAAUCGCGCAGCUGCUCGGCGACAGCGGCAUCAAGGUCGCCAUCCUUGACAUCCACUCACCACAGGAGGACCAGGGCCGCCUCCCGCCCACCGUCCGCUUCCACAAAUGCGACAUCACCUCGCCCUCGGCCAUCGCGGCCGCCGCUGCCGACAUCCGCGCAACUCUGGGCGAGCCCACCGUCCUCAUCAACAACGCUGGCGUCUGCAGCGGCAAGACCAUACUCGGCGGCACGGAGGCGGACACCCGCAUCCAGUUCGAGGUCAACACCCUCGCGCACUACUGGCUUGCGCGCGAGUUCCUGCCGCACAUGGUCAAACGCAACCACGGCAUGGUGGCCACCGUUGCCUCGCUGGCGGGAUAUACCACCACCCCCAAUAUGGUCGAUUACUCCGCCACCAAGGCUGCGGCGAUUUCGUUCCACGAGGGGCUGGCGGCGGAGCUGGUGACGAGGUACCAUGCCCCGCGGGUGCGGACGGUGCUGCUCACGCCUGGAUUCACGCAGACAGCGCUCAUCGGGCAGUUAACUCCGGAGGAUACGUGGUUUAAUCCGCUGCAGCAGCCGGAGACGGUCGCGGAGCAGUUGGUGAGACAGAUCCUCAAGGGGAAUAGUGGGCAUGUUGUUGUGCCGGGUUCCUCAGGGUGGCUUGCUCGGAACCUGAGGAGCUUUCCGCCUUGGUUCCAGCAUUCGCUGAGGUCCUGGUUGGAGAGAUUGAUGCGUGCUGAUUAG